GGAGUAUUACCUUAUGUAGCACCUGAGGUUGUAAGAGGAAAAGAAUAUACUAAAGAAAGUGAUAUUUAUUCAUUCGGUAUUAUUGCAUAUGAAGUCUGUACAGGGUUUCCUCCUUAUCAUGAUAUUGCUCAUAAUCAAUUCUUAGCUAUUGGAAUUUGUCACGGCCUUAGGCCAAAAUCUAAUUAUAAAAUUCCUCAACUAAUUUUGAACAUAAUUUCACAAUGUUGGGAUGCAGAUUCUUUAAAACGACCUAAAGCAAAUAAAUUAGUUGAUUUAUUGGAA